UAACAGUUUCAAAUUUCUACUAUAUUUAACUUAAGAGCCGUAAUUUUUUAAAGAAAAGAGCGCUGUUGAGAAAUUGCAUUCAUUUGAGACUGCAAGCUGGAAAAAAUAAGGAUUAUGGGCGAUUUCUAUAAAAUUUCCAGCAUCUAAAGAGCGUUGUGUCUGUUACAGAUGCUGCAAAUUUCAAAUUCCUACUAUAUUAAUCUUGAAAGCCGCGAUUUUUUAAAGGAAAAAUCACACUGGAAAAUCAUCUACUUUGAGAUCGGCUUCAUCGCGAAAACAUGUGAUUUUGAUAUUUGCCGUUGUCAAUCAUGUAAACGAACAAUUUAGGUUAGGCCAGUUGCUAUAAUCUCCCAAAAAAAAUGUUUUUUCGCAGAGUUCUCAAUCGUGAAUCGUUUAACCAAUUACGCAACUACUGCAGCAAAGGAAGCACUGAUAAUACAGGAGUUUCUAAAGACAGUGCUAGCAAUGCGCCCUGUCCCCAAAUAUUCAGCAGAGAAGGUGAUUAUGGCACGUCGAAAACGAUCACGGGCGAAGCAUUGCCCAAGGACAGUCCAAUAUUCAGUGCCAUCGGGGCUGCUGAAGAAUUGCUCAGCUACAUUGGCUUAGCCAGGGAAUAUGCCAAUGAAUCAGAGCACGAAUACACAGACAAACUGAAAAGAAUACAGACCAUCAUUAUUGACAUAAGCACGGCGAUUUCACGGAAUAGCAAAGUGGCCAUACCUCCAGUAUACACUAAAGAGUUAGAGGAUUGGAUCUCAGAAUAUGCCAAACAACUGCCCCCGCCUGAAACACGACCAACGGACGGAAAGCAUCUAUAUUCCGAAACCUGAUGAAAAAGUUCAACCCCAGUAACUAUUAAUGAUCCAUUAGGCUUUUGUGUCUCAAAAUUAAUGUUUCUGUCAGGUUCAGCAAAUCGGUUAAUUGCGUAAAAAUUGAACAAGCUUUUUGUUUCAGCUUCUCAUCAGAGCAAUGCAUUUAAUUUUAUUUCCAGGGCAAUGCAUGUGAGAAGAUACUAACCCUGUCUGUCCGUUGACGAACUCUAUUUACUGUUGAUUGUUACCGCUUAUUCUCACAGCAACUGGAAUGUUUGUUGUUAUUUUUAGUUAAAUAAAAUUGAUAUAUA